UAUGUGAGUUAUACACAUGUUUUCAACAAAUUCAAGAAUAAAAAGAGAGAAUUCGAUGAAAUAAUUGUUGUUCAAGAUGUUCAAGGAAUGUGGAGCUUGUAUGAAGCUGCACAAUUAAGGGUUCAUGGAGAAGAUAUAUUAGAGGAAGCACAUGAAUUCACAUACAAUAAACUUAAGUCCAUUAUCAAUCAAUUGAGUCCAUCUCUUGCUGACCAAAUCAAUCAAAGCUUAGGGUUGCCUCUUCACAAGACAUUUUCAAGGAUACGAGCAAGGUCAUAUAUGUCAUUUUACAAAGAAAAUCCUUCCCAUGACAAAGUUCUUCUCGCUCUUGCGAAAUUAGAUUUCAAUAUGCUACAAAGUCUACAUCAAAAAGAAAUUGGUAAUAUCACCAGGUGGUGCAAAAAUGCAGGUUUUGCGACAAAGGUUACUUAUGCUAGAGAUAGGGUGGUUGAGUUAUUCUUCUGGGUAGUAUGCAUAUCCUCUGAGUCAAAAUAUAGUACAUGGAGAUUGAUAUUAGGCAAAUUGCUUGAAUGUAUAUGUCUUCUUGAUGAUACUUAUGAUGUCUUUGGCACAUUUGAAGAGCUUCAACUCUUGACUGAGGCAAUCAAAAGAUGGGAUAUUAAUUACAUUGCUUCUCUACCAGAGUGCUUCACAGUGGUUUUUAAUGCAUUUGUAGAAGAAUUAUUUGUUGAUAUAGUGUCACUUACUACAGAGAGUGGAAGAUCAAGCUUGGUGUUGGAAAAUGUUAAACAAGCUGUAGGCUCUACUUAAUUAUUUCAUUAAUUUAAAUAAUUAC